ACUCUACAUGCGGGGCAGGUGAGGGGAAAUGCGGGGAGGAAUAAUGUGUUACCUCUAAGCAUAGCUAAUGUCGUUGCCAUCACCAUUCAAGCUGUGGUACUCCGGAUAUAUUGAAUGCUGUGUAAUUCUGGGUGCCGGGAUAUGAGAAAGGGAGUGAAGAUUGUGUGGAAGUCUAUAUAAAGAGACUACAGACUCAAAGUGUUUCUCAAUCUUAUUCAUUCUUCCAUCUCGGGUUUGAAAUCUUAAGAAGGAAAUCACAUGCAAAAUGGGAAAGAAGGUCAUUGCCGCCGCAGUUCAUGCCGCUCCAGUCUUCAUGGAUAAGAAAGGCAGCAUCGAAAAGGUUUUAAAACUAAUCAAGGAAGGAAAAGAGCAAGAAAUUGAAUUAUUAGUCUUUCCCGAGACAUUCGUUCCUGGAUAUCCAUACUUCAUUCACACCCACCCACCCCUCAAGUUCGUUGAUGCACAAGCUCAAUAUGCGGACGAAAGUGUAGUCGUCGGAAGAACAGGCGGUGAUCUCCUCCCUAUCAUGCAUCUCUGUGCCGAACUAAAAAUUGCUGUUUCGAUCGGAAUAUCAGAGCGUGUGGAAGAUGGGCACACACUGUUCAACUCGCAAGCGUUUAUCGAUACCGACGGAACUCUCCUCGGGGUCCAUAGAAAGAUUCAACCUACGCACGCCGAGCGCACGCUCUGGGCACAAGGAAGCGGACAUACCUUAAAAGUAUGGCCAAGCAGCGUUGGCCGAAUAGGAGGACUUGCAUGUUGGGAAAAUGGAAUGAAUAACGCACGUCAAGCAUUAAUCGAAGAUCGACAAGAGAUUCAUGCUGCAGCAUGGGCAGCCCUUAACACUGUAUCGGGAUUCGAAUCGGUAGCAAACAUUCAGAUCGAAGCCUUGAUGAAAAAUCAUGCAUUUACAGCACAAGCAUGGGUCAUUUGUGCAAGUAAUUACGUCGACGAUAGGACUUUGGAGUGGAUGGAGGAGAAUCUAGGACCGCAGGAUCUCGUCAAGAAGGGUGGGGGAUGGAGUGCGGUUAUUCAUCCUUUUUGUGCUGUGUUGGCGGGUCCGCAUACGGGAGCCGAAGAGAAGUUCUUGAAGGCUGAGAUUGACUAUGAUGAAUUAGGAGCCGUGAAAGUUUGGAUUGAUGCUAGUGGACAUUAUAAACGUCCGGAAAUAUUGAAGUUGGACGUUGAUAGAAGUCCAAAAUGGCCGGAUGAUGAAAUCCUCGCAAGUGGGGCUUCUAUAGACCUCAGACCCACGACGGAGUAGGAAGUCAGUAACACUUGGGGGUUCAGUAUCAAUGAAUGUUGUUUGCUCAUAGCGAGAGGCCAUCCAACUGGAUUUAAAAACUGAAAUUUAAGACUGAAGUUUGAAUUGCUUGAAACACUAUUUCAGCAACCUUGUUGUAAUUUUAAUGUUUGUAUUGUUCCUUUAUUAUACAUCG